AUGAAGUCGAAAAAAAGCAAGGGAAAUCCAACAUCACCACGCAAUUCAACUGAAGAUGACAAUCAUCGUAGCGCAUUUUCCUUUUUAAAGAAUAGAUUUUUUACACACAAUUCACCUUCAUCAUUACCUCAGCAACACCAGUACUCUACCAGUACUCGUCCCUCCACCUCUUCUACUCGCUCUGCUGCUGCUGCUGCUGCUGCUGCUACAAUUGCAAAGCCAUGGUCCAUUGAUACACAUCCAACGCAUUCAUCAGAAAAGCCAAUAUCUCGUUCAUUUGAUGAACAUUCAGCUAGUUCCGAAUUCAAUACAUCCUCCUCCAACUCGUCUACAGCAACCAACACUACGAAACGCAUGUUGAAUAGGUCAACAAGACCCAUGUCUAUGAUGGGCAUGGACUCACUGCUGGCUCAAUCCACUGAUUUACCAGCUACGAUAUCUGUUGCUAAACCUCACGCUGCCAAUACCACACACAAUACGACUACUAUUACCUCUAAUUCCACCACUCCUCAUGAAUCAGCACUAGACGCGUUUUCUGCACCUGUCAUUGCACGCCGUAGAAACUCCACUAAUACAUCGACAACAAGAAUCAACAGCAAUGCAGCUGAAAAGAGAACGAGUUUAAUCAUUCUCAAAGAAGGUUAUUUGUUCAAAAAGACAGAUUUCAAACCAUUUCACAAACAAACAAAAUUGGACCGUGGAUGGAAGCUGUAUCGAGUGGUCCUACGAGGACACAAGCUGUACCUGUAUAAAUUGACCUCUGAAUCACCUUUGCGAUCGCUGUUCCCCAUGCCUCAUCAUCAUCCAUUAAAGCAACUACACAGCAACCACAGUUUAGCAAGUCAGCAAUCGUCAUUUUCAUUGUCGAAUAGCAGCAUUUCUAGUAUCGCCACCACGGGAACGACAACGAAUACAAUGACCACCACUGCGCUAGUAAGAGGCGAUUUUGAUCGAGAAGCACAACACGUCUUUUUUCCAACGCAGCAAGUAUCCACUGCACAAGGUGCUGUCUUUAUGGAAUUGAAUCAAGUGACAUUGCAAGCCAAGCAUCCGGUCCACUUGAUCAUUUACAAUGACACCUUGUAUAUCUGUAUUCGACCUGAUCUUCAGUCUUCCUUGUGGAAGAUCGAUAACAAGAUACCCCUUCAUCGACUCAAAGUAGAGUAUAUGGUGUCCAGCAAUACGAGUCCGCAUCCCACGUCGCCUGCGUCUUUCAGUUCGAUGCAAUCUGAUCCCUGUUCGUAUUCCAACGGACUACUCCUGUUCAAUCUACAGUACGUAAAUCGACCGUCGAUUCUGGGAGUCUAUUCCACGCAACAUCGUGAAGCAGGCCAUGCGUGGAUCAGUCAAUUGCAGAGCAAAACAACAGCAGCAGCAGCUGCUGCUGUUGCCGCAGAUGACGAUAGGGAAGAAGAUCUAUUGAGCAGCAGGUCUGGAGGUAGUAUUUCAAGAGAGGGAGCAGAGGAUGAUUAUGGCUGGGAGGAGCAGCAGAACAGUAGUAGUAGCAGGAUGUACGACGCUACACAAAGAAUUCAUCCAGACAUUGUUUUCCGGAAUCAUCGGUCCGAUGAGGAGCCUCAUUCUCAACCUCAACCGCCACCACCACCACCACCACCACCACCACCACCACAAGUGGAUGAGAGUCAUGUUCAAGGCGGUACAGUCAAUGCGUUAGUUCAUGAACUGUUAUACAACGCAGAACAUCAUGAACACUACAUGCAGAUUUUUUUGCUGACCUACUCAACAUUCACCACGGGCGCUUGUGUUUUGUCUGAGAUCAAGACUUGCCUCAUUGCCAACAGGACAUUUGAACAACGUGUAUUGGACAUUUUUACAUUCUGGUGCCAGCACUUUGCUUUGGAUAUUAUGGGAGAAGUAGCGACUAGGAUGAUGGAUAUUCUGGACCACCAUGUCGUAGAUACACAGGCUGUUCAUGUCAAAGAGCUGGUACUCAAAACUGUUUCCGAAAAUGCACAAAAAACAUGUGAACAGACCAUUGUUACCGCUACUGCGCAUUGUCCACAAGACGACCUAGUGGAAGAGGAAGCACAAGGCCAGGACGACCAAGUGGAGAAUAUUACUGCUUAUGAAACAGAUGGUAAACGAAGAAACUCGAUCAACCUAUCCAAUCUGCUGUUGACAGGGCUCACGCCGGCCGUGUUUCUGUCCAUUGAUCCUACCAGUUUUGCGCAACAAAUCUAUCUUUUCCAUCUCAACAAACACAAGCAGUAUCAAAAAGACUUGAUGAAUCCUAUUUCUUACUUGCCACGGCCUCAAUUAUCCGUACAAAUGCUGAAUUCCCUCUUAUUCACGACCAUGGCACCUCAUUUCCUGACAAAACUGAUUCGAAAUCAAAUCUUGAUCGACACACAACAUGAAGAAGCGGAUAAUUGCAUGCUGGUGCGAUCUCAAUUGCUGGAACAUUGGAUUCGUGUAGGUUUGCAUUUGAAAGAGCUGGGAGACAUGACGGGCUGGUGUGCGGUUGCCAUGGGGAUUUGCUCCGUGGGCAUUGUUCGUUUGCGAGAGACGUGGAAAGCAGUAGACCGUGCGUUGGUGCACCAUGUGCAGGUGGAAUGGGUGGAUAUUUUGACAGACUAUGGCUUGUUUUCUCAAAUCAUGUGGGCUGAGGGCUGGGGAGACAAGGCCUCUUUAUCUCAAUUCUCCAAAGUAUUGAGCAGCGCCACUUCAGAUACGGGAUUACCGUUCUUUGGCACGAUUCGACAGUCGGUGGAUCGAUACAGAAAACACAACAAAAAGCUAUUGAGUCCCUCCAUGGUGAAUUUUGAAGAGUGCGAAUGUAUAUACGAAGCGAUUACUACUAACUUGGAUGCAUGGAAACAGCAGCAACAACAGCAGCAACACACACCGUUGGACCAGAUCAGCCCUUCUUUCCCAGCUGUGGGCCCUUUGCAGUCUUUCUUUGAGCAUUCAGUAACUGAUUUGAUGUCUGUGCCGCAUGAUUACAAGUAUCUUCAAGAGUGCUCGCUGGCGUGUGAGCCUCGUGUGUUUGGACAGGGUUUUGAUAGACGCAAGUUUAGUGGUCGAUCACCGUCGACGACGACACAUCCACUGCAUUCACUAACAAGUAGUGAUGUGGCGCCACCUUCUACUGCUGCAUUGGUGUUUCCGACUAUUCUGGAUAGUUGUACGUUGUUGGAAUCCAAGAAACAAGCAUCAGGCAGUGCAAAUGAGGUGGGUGUAUCUGGUAGUCAUGCCCAUGCCUCCAUGAUCUCGUUGGCGUCUUCUCUCUCCUCGUCGCAACAACAAUUCUCCUCUUCAUCAGCAGCGCCUACAAAGAGAACACAUCCUCGCAAGAUGGGAACCAACAACAGUGUUCGCUCGCUUCGAUCUUUUAUGGAAGAAGACCGCAACACCAAGAAGCCUGCAGCAGAUGACGACGCAGAGCAGCAGCAGCAACAACCCGUGACACAGCAGGAAUCGCCCGUCAAGGAAUUCAACCGAAAGGCUUUUCGUCAGCGCACUUACAGCUUUCCUCCUGGAAGUUCAUCCACAGGCAGCAAGCUCCUAUCGACGUCCAGCAAAUACGACUUGUUGGAAUCUGAGAAUAGCCGCACUUGGCUAGGAUCUUUGAUCUCGAGCAGAUACCACAAGACCUAUUCCACCAAGGCCUUGAUUGAAGCACAUCGCAAGAGUCGUGCUGCUCAAUAUGGACAGAACGGCGAGCUGUUACUGGCUGUGCAACAAGGUGAAUUGGUGUUUAAAGCGUCUGCUAUUCUCAAGGGUGAGAAAUCUGUCGCGGAUGAGCUGACUGGAUUGAAAAGAACGGAAUCCAAUUACUCGAUUGACUUUUUAAAGAAAGAUGAAGAGGAGAAUAGCAACAACAGCGAGCAAGACGCUUUGUUGGUCACUGUCAAGGCGGGCUAUCUAGAGCAACUAGUGGAAACACUGGUGCGUGGUGUGACACCUCACGAAGAGUCGCUCAAAGAUCAGUGGCAGAUGAUUUCGUUAGCUGAAGGCCUAUCACAACAAAACCAACCUGCUCGCAUUGCCAUGGACGAAGAAGAGUACAUAAGCAUUUUUUUCAUGACAUUUCGUGUGUAUUGUUCAGCAAAUCAUUUAUUGGAUAUGCUUCGACAUCAGUUCAUGAACGCAAAAUCCAAAUGCAAAUCACCUCUCAAGCGCAAAAACUCGCUUAUCCUCUUGGAAACCUAUUUCUCUGCUGCUAAAGAUGCUACUUCUGCUUUGCCCAGCAACAGGAAAUCGACUGCCACGACUGCCAACGAGAGUCUGCUGUCUUUUGAUUGGAAAAAUGUAGCGGAAAUCCAGCUACGCGUGCUUAAUCUGAUGUUGUACUGGGUGGAAGAGCAUCCUUACGACUUUGUGGAUGAAGUGGAAGCAACACGCUACAUUGCCAACUUUUUAAAGAAUGCCAAGAUUGCAUUGGAAGAAUGGCGUGUGCCCUUGCAAGCGUAUCAAGCACCACAAGACAUUUCUGAGGAUAUCAAGCUGAACCAUUUAGAGGCGCUCAAGAUGGCUAGCGUCAUUACAACACGUAUCAGUCAGCUUCGUAGUCAGUUUAUACGCAAGAGUAUCUCGCCUUGUUACGAUUUAAAAGCCAUUGAAUUUGACCCGGAAAGUGCGCGUGGUGCUGAGGAUCUGUACAAGCAAUUGACAGACGGAUGUACACGGUAUCAUGCAACACUGCAAUUGGCCACCAACAAACUGGUUCCCUUAUCCAUCUCGACACGUCCUCGUAACAUGGAAGCCAAGAGCCUGGUCGAUCGAUUCCCCCCUGAAGCCCUAUUGGAGCAAGUAGACCGUGCCGUAGGUCAGUUAUUUAGUGCUGUUACCAUGCAAGAUUGGAUCCAAACCUUUGAUGUGUUUGAAGCACAGUCAGGCGACAUUUAUGCUUGGUUACCUGCUCGCAAAUCAUCUCGCACAGCUCGUAUGCCUGCUGCACUAGCGCCUGUCCUGGACGCCCCUUCUUCACAUCUGGCUAGCUAUCAUGUCAUGCCGGAUGAAAUUAUCGUCUCGGAUAUCUUUACUGCAAUUGAAGGUGCAAGACGCUCUGUGGUAUCUCCCUCUGCGUUUGCGGAUGACGAUCUCUUGCUGGCGUUCCCUGGUUCUAUUCAAUACUUGUACUGUAUGCAUUUCAUCAUUCGCAGUUGGGUCAUCAAUGAAAUUGCUGCCAUGAACAUUGACUCCAAAACGCGCGUGUUACGUAUCGAAAAGUUCAUUCAAAUCGUGGUGCUCAGCAGACUAUCUAGCGAGAAACUGAUGCUGUUCCCUGAAUCUUCCUCCAAUUCCAGCAAGGGACGUGUGCCUGGAUUUGUGGAAUAUGCUAUUGCGAGUGCGUUGGUCAGCCCUGAAGUGCGUCUGUUUUCCAAGGCUUGGCAAGACGUGGCGAUGCAACAUGGACAUGCCAACCUGGACAACCUAGAGAAUUUGCUCUCUCAGAUACAAAAGAUGCAAACUAUGCUGUCCUCUUCAAAGCCUGCUCGUACUGUCUCGCCCUCUUCCUCUUAUUCGCUGUCGUCCAUGGCUAGUUCAUCUUCUUCGCAGCACCGGCAUAAUCAGUCAUUGGUGGUGCCUAGUCUAGAAUGGAUCUUUGAGCGCAUCAUGGAGCUGUGCUUUCAAGUGCCAGAUACUUUUAACAAGAAGGACUGUCUGAUCCAUUUUGAUAAGCGUCGCUAUGUAUAUCAGUUUUUGCAACUGAUUAUCAAUGUGCAAACGGACCUACAAGAACAACAUCAAACAGAAUCCAAAGGCAUCAGCAUGUCCUUCUUGAUCUCGCCUUACCAGUCCAAGGACACAUGGAAAGACUUGCGUGAACUGGCCAUCAAGGAGAACAAAAAGGCCAUGUCUACUGGAGGCACGUCUUCCAUGGUGCUUCGAGGCACUACUAGCAAAUCUCUGCAACGCGGUAUGGUGUUUAGCAAGCUAGUCGCUGAGCAAAUGGACAAACUGAAGAAGGACUUUAAGGAAAGAGACCGUGUCGACAAGGAAUGGCUUUCACUGCAGCACAAGCUGCAAAAGAGGCAAUUGGAGCAAGCAAGAUUGAUCGAGAAACAAGACCGAAAAGCCAAUGCUAAUAAAUCCUCCUCAUCUCAACAGCAGCAGCAAAGUAACAACAACAGCAGCAACGGUGGAAAUGGCCAUAGCGUCAUGCCUCGUAUCAACUCUUUUUUGCGUGGUCUGCGUCCUCAAUCUAUUGUAGCUGCUACACCCAUCCAACACAUCUUUCCUCACUCACCCAACAGCACCACCGUGGAUAUCUCGUCAAGCCAAUAUCUGUCAACCACCAAAGCGUCUACUGUCAUCAACUUGAUCCAUGCCACCACAUCUGUUGCCAGCACAUACACAAAGCGUGAAUUUGUAUUUCGUAUCGUGACAGAAGAAGGCGGUCAAUACUUGUUUCAAGGCAUGAACCGUGAAGACAUGCAUGAUUGGAUGCAGCAUAUCAACAACUCGGCGAGAGAAGGUGCUGCCAAACGACAAAGUGUGUUGGCUGCAGAGUCCUUGGAUAUGGAGGCGAGUCAACAGCAUCGUCAAGCCAUGCUUGGUGGUAGUCGAACUCAACCUGCUGUGUCUUCAAGAACAUCCGUGUACGGUGUCACGUUGGAUGGCUUGAUGCGUGAUGGUAAAGUGCCUUUGGUUGUGGAUAAAUGUAUUCGAGAGAUUGAAGAAAGAGGUCUGGAGGAAGUUGGUAUUUAUCGUGUGGCUGGUACAGGGUCUGUUGUCAGUGCACUGAAGGCAGAGUUCAACAAGGAUGUUGCAAAAGUGGAUUUGAGUGACCCCAAUUGGGCUGAUAUCAAUGUCGUUGCGGAUGCUCUGAAGCAGUUUCUGCGUGAGUUGCCUGAACCUCUGUUAACAUAUAGCCUCUAUGAUGAGUUCAUUACAGCUUCAGCUUCUGAGGACCAUGAUGAACGCGUGUAUCUGAUCAAAAAAGUCAUUAAGAAACUGCCUUAUUGCAACUAUGUGCUCCUCAAGAGAAUCAUCGAACAUUUUGUCAUUGUCACUGAUUUUGAAGCUACAAACCACAUGUAUGCUACCAACUUGGCCAUUGUCUUUGGACCUACGUUACUGCAACCCACGCCUGGGCCUGCUUCCUUUGCCACGACCAUGUCGAAUUUGGGGCAUCAUCAAAACAUUGUCAAAUAUCUGAUAUUAAACUACCACUAUUUGUUUGAUGUUGAAUCUGAUGAAGCUGAGAAAGACGAGGAAGACGCAACAGCAACAGCAGCGGCAGUACAAGAACCAACAACAGCACCGUCGCUGAAAGAAUAA